AACCACAUAUCACUGUACUGAUAAAUACUCAUCAAAUGUGUUUUUUAGUCAAUCUUAAAUGAACACUCAAUCAGGUCCCGUUUUAAGCUGACUAUCUAACCCAAGUGCAACAGAACUGUCCGCAACUUCCCCGCACGUGAUCUGCAACUUACAGCUUAGUGGAACACCGUGCGUGCAUGCUUGACAUACAAGCCAAGCAUAAGUUUUGACUACUAUCUUGUCAAACUCGAGCUUGUCAGCGCAAUGGCUGCAGCACCUCCCGACGUUAAAUCAUUGAAAAAAUGGGAGGAUGCAUUCCAGUAUCCAACUCCACAGGUCCGCCAGUUGGAACGACAGCUCCAGACUGAGUUAUCUUCAAACAAAAUGAAGCUGAGGGGUCUUGUGGGGUAUGCGAUUCCUUGAUGGAACUCUGCAGGUUUCAAAGACUGAUUGAGCGGAGCAGUGAGAGCUACCGGGACUUGCUACAGACGGCCGAGCGAAUCAUCGAUAUGGAUACAUCAGCCCAGAAGGUGGAACGGAACCUGGCUGAGACUUCGAGAAGCUGCAAUUCACGAUUGCUAGACAAGAAAGCAAGGAAUUUGAAGAUCUUUGAGGAAAGGGUUGGAGCAGGAGGUUCGAAAAGAUCUACUCAAUUACAUGAAUUCUGAAGGGUCCUGCUAAUCUUGGCAGAUCGGGAGAAGUAUAUCUUCGCUUCACAGCUCGCUGUACUACAGAAUUGCCCCCCGGCGGUAUCCAGACUACUUCCCAACAACAAGGGAGACUCCUGUCUACUCGCAACAAAAGUAUUCGUCGUCUCCCGGCUCCUCCUAAAAUCACUUUCACAGCAGGUGAAGACUGCCUACCCAAAAUCGUAGGUUAAAUGUACUAAUUACAUACUCAGGAUUCAAUACCCCUCCUAAGCUCUCUCAGAGCCCAACUGGCGGCCCUCCGUGCAUUUCUCCUUCAGCACAUCGAUACUCUCAUUUCGACACCCUAUCUUCCUAUCGAACAACUCAUACCGGCCCUCUCCUCGUUCUCUCUAUCGAAAACCUCCUCCUGCGCCGACGUAUUACGUCAUUUUUUCUUUGUCCGCUCAACGGCCAUAUCUUCGAUCCUAACAGAAUCACCAGUCCCUUCAGCGGAAGCUACGCUAAAAGCACUAUCACUAUUCAACCAGACUCUACAGAAUGCUCAAGGCCUCUUCCCCAAAGUUCUGAGCGAGUCGUUACUGCAGUUGAAAUCCCAAUCCCUCUUGCAAGACCCCGAUCUUCUUGGCCUAGCCGAGCUAGGAUUAGACUCCAAUGGCCGGUGGCUGACGGAGCAGGUUCGAGAGUUCAUCCCUUGGGUUCGCCAUGACGAUCUAGAGAGGUCACGUGUGGUAGAACAAGGGAAAUCAUGGGCAACAAAAGAACUGGAGAACCUGAACAUUGCUUUCGAGAGGGCACUGCAGGGUAUCGAGGAUAUCAGGGAGCUGGUGUCCCUACGAGGAAAUAUCCUCGGGCUAUGGAGAGCGGGAAGAAAGGGGAGAAGGGAGUUCUUACAAAAAGGAGAGAAGUUUCGAGGCCUUGCUACCGCUAGAUUGGCAGAGGUAUUAAAAGCCAAAAUCGACAGUCUCGCAGCUGUGGGCCACGAGCUUGGCGAGCUAUUGAAGGGUGUUGAUGGUGCGGGCAAAGGUAAUAUUCUAGGCUCCGAUAAUAAAAAUAAUGCUAAAUAGCCUUUUUCGCCUUGAUAGACUACAGCGUCAGUCUCUGGUCUAGUUCGUUGUCAUCAAUGGGCCUCGCAAAUGGUGGAUCUGCAUUUAAAGAAGCAGUCCAAUCUCGUGUCCUAGGCAAAGACAGUCCAGUCAAAGCUUUUGGAAAGAAGCACGAAAAUUGGCUCUCUAGCAUUGCAGAUAGCGCCGCAGUUGCCAGAGGGCUCAGGGUUCCAAGCGCCUCGUCAGCAGAAGACGAGGACGAUUUUGACGCCGAAGAGGAGAGGAUCCAGGAAGGUAUGGAAGACGCGGUAUAUGUAGAGAAGAAGAUGGGUGAAUCAUUGGAUACAGCGUACGGCGGUUUACAGGAUGUUGUAGGAGAGCUUGUAGAACGCCUCGAGGCCAGUGAGGCAAAGGAGGGCAAAGAAGAGAAAGGUAUAGAUCCCACGAAAUAUCUUGAGAAAAGCAUGGCUUACUGGCAUUUCACAAAUAUAGCGACAACGAUGCGUGCAGCAUUCCUCCUAAGGGCAAUCAGGCAAAUCAGACAAAACCCGCCCAAGAGAGACGACGACUCACUGAUAGCCCUCAGUUGGUUUGGAACAAUGCUCAUUCCCAGACUGCAUGUGCUUAUUGCCACUAGUGUAGGCAAGAAGCCAUUCACCAGUGUCAAGAGACUCCUAGAAAACAGAAAAUGGAGCGGGAAGCUAGCUUCAAAAACACUAUGGGAAGGUGGUAACUAGUGCUAGCCGGCGUCCUGUCUUAUACCCACACUAACCCCUUUAUCGAAUAAUAGGAACACCGCCACUACCUAUACAGCCUUCUCCGUUGGUAUUCAAAUUCCUACACGACCUAGUAACAGACAUGCACAGAGUUGGUGACGACGUCUGGACACCAAUGGCCGUAAAAUGCAUCAAGGGCUGGGCCAGCAAACAUCUCUGGCAAGCUCUGGAGAGUGUUCUUCAAGACAGGGAGAUAGUAGAAGCUACUUUAACCAACGGAUCGGCCGACGGUAACACACAGCAAAAGGAGCCCGAACCCAAAACCGAGCACGAAAACCAACUCAAGCACCACCCCGAAACCAACGGCAAUGAUUCGGAACACCCGAACCAUGAAUCUGAGUGUAAAGAAGCAGGCAUCAACAACAGCAACAAUGAGGCCAACAAUCAUAAGCCCAAUGGGGCAUCAGAGCCCAUGACUGAGGUAACAGCAAACAGCCACGACGACAAUUACUCCCGAAAAGUCAUCGGCAAGGACUGGGCCAUCCAGCUCCUCUUCGACACACUCUACCUUGACGAGGCGCUCCUCAGAAAAGGUGCCAACGCCGGUAACUCUGGCAUCACAAGCCUUGCAGGUAAAGUUGAGUCUGCGGUUGGAGCCGAGGUACGUCUUUACCCACAUUCAAUCUCAAUGCCCUCCGAGCCUACCGUAUCACUGACAGUUUCGUCAUAAAAUACAGCUCGGCUUCGAUGAAGAGCUACGCAGAAGACUAGAAGGUGGCGCACGGGAGUACUGGAAACGGACCUGCCUGUUGUUUGCAUUAUUGUCAUGAGAUUUUUGACCUUUUUUCUUGUUUCUAACCUAGCGGGUUUGAUUGUGAAUUAAUAGACAAAGUGGAAAUUCCGUACACCGA